AUGUGGAUUCUACCAUUAGUUGGGAUCAUCGGGUCCAUCCUGGGCUUCUGCUUUCUGACGUUGGCCAUAGCUUCUGGGCUUUACUACCUUUCCGAACUUGUCGAGGAGCAUACCGUCAUCUCGAAGCGCUUGUUGACACGCCUCAUCUACUUCAUCAUUGUCCUUCAGCUUCUACUAUGCCUCGUGGAUAGAUUUCCCUUUUGGCUUACGAUGCUGGGCAUCGCCUCUCACAUUGUCUACCUGGGCAACAUGCGGAGAUUCCCUUUCGUCACCCUGACAGACCCUCUCUUCAUCACAUCAUGUGUGCUUGUCCUCUUCAACCACGUCGUCUGGUACCGACAUUUCUCCGCCCGCCAGAAGAACGCAUACUCCAACGCAUCCUCUUUCUACGAGACACCUGAAGAUAUGCCGAGUUUCACCGAGGUGGCCUCCUAUUUCGGAAUAUGCGUGUGGCUGGUGCCAUUCGCCCUCUUCGUUAGCUUGAGUGCAAGCGACAACGUGCUGCCGACGGAGAACCCAGCUGCCGCAGCAGCGGCAAGCGGAGACGGGAGCAAGAGGAAGGCCCAAGGUAUGGCCAAGAUGCUGGUUGAUGGUGCCCGAAACGCGAUCGGCGAGGUUGGGGUCAUGGCGGGUUGGAAGAAGAGAGACGAUGGGUUCUGA